GAGUUCGGGGCUGGGGCCGAGAGGCACCGAGGAGCCGGGCCCUCCCCCCAGGAACGUGUCCCGGGCCGCCCCGGCCGGUAGCGUGGCAGCACUUUCAGAUUAGGAAGACUCAGGAUAAGUUACACAGCUGGUACAAGACAGAGCCAGGAUUCAAACCCAGGUGUGUUCGUGGAGAGUUUGAGAAGCCCUGUACUUGUACCAGGCUCCCUUUAACUGUAUCUUGGCACAUGGUAGGUGAGCCUGUGAAACAAUAUGAAGAGGAGAAAAUAGCCUUUUAAGGAAAUUGGCCCACAGAAAGGAUGGCCUUCUUGGACAAUCCAACUAUCAUUCUAGCUCACAUUCGACAGUCACAUGUGACCAGUGAUGAUACAGGAAUGUGUGAGAUGGUUCUCAUUGAUCAUGAUGUUGACCUAGAGAAGAUUCAUCCUCCUUCAAUGACUGGAGACAGUGGGUCAGACAUUCAGGGAAGCAAUGGUGAGACUCAGGGCUAUGUAUAUGCCCAGUCAGUCGAUAUUACCUCAAGUUGGGACUUUGGUAUUAGAAGACGCUCAAAUACAGCUCAAAGAUUAGAACGACUUCGAAAAGAGAGGCAAAACCAAAUCAAAUGCAAAAAUAUUCAGUGGAAAGAAAGAAAUUCUAAGCAAUCAGCCCAAGAGUUAAAGUCACUGUUUGAAAAAAAGUCCCUCAAAGAGAAACCUCCAAGUUCUGGAAAGCAGUCAAUAUUAUCUGUACGCCUAGAGCAGUGCCCUCUGCAGCUGAAUAACCCCUUUAAUGAGUAUUCCAAAUUCGAUGGCAAGGGUCAUGUAGGCACAACAGCCACCAAGAAGAUCGAUGUCUACCUCCCCUUACACUCCAGCCAGGACAGACUGCUGCCAAUGACCGUGGUGACAAUGGCCAGCGCCAGGGUGCAGGACCUGAUCGGGCUCAUCUGUUGGCAGUACACAAGCGAAGGACGGGAGCCGAAGCUCAACGACAAUGUCAGUGCCUACUGCCUGCAUAUUGCUGAGGAUGAUGGGGAGGUUGACACAGAUUUCCCCCCGCUGGAUUCCAAUGAGCCCAUUCAUAAGUUUGGCUUCAGUACGUUGGCCCUGGUUGAAAAGUAUUCAUCUCCUGGUCUGACAUCCAAAGAGUCACUCUUUGUUCGAAUAAAUGCUGCUCAUGGAUUCUCCCUUAUUCAGGUGGACAACACAAAGGUCACUAUGAAAGAAAUAUUGCUGAAGGCAGUGAAGAGAAGAAAAGGAUCUCAGAAAAUUUCAGGCCCUCAGUACCGCCUGGAGAAGCAGAGUGAGCCCAAUGUCGCCGUGGACCUGGAGAGCACUUUGGAGAGCCAGAGCGUGUGGGAGUUCUGCCUGGUCCGCGAGAACAGUUCAAGGGCAGACGGGGUUUGUGAGGAGGAUUCGCAAAUUGACAUAGCUACAGUACAGGAUAUGCUUAGCAGCCACCAUUACAAGUCAUUCAAAGUCAGCAUGAUCCACAGACUGCGAUUCACAACCGACGUACAGUUAGGUAUCUCUGGAGACAAAGUAGAGAUAGACCCUGUUACGAAUCAGAAAGCCAGCACUAAGUUUUGGAUUAAGCAGAAACCCAUCUCAAUCGAUUCCGACCUGCUCUGUGCCUGUGACCUUGCUGAAGAAAAAAGCCCCAGUCACGCAAUAUUUAAACUCACGUAUCUAAGCAAUCAUGACUAUAAACACCUCUACUUCGAAUCUGACGCUGCUACCGUCAAUGAAAUCAUGCUCAAGGUCAACUACAUCCUGGAGUCACGAGCAAGCACUGCCCGGGCUGACUAUUUUGCUCAAAAACAAAGAAAACUGAACAGACGCACAAGCUUCAGCUUCCAGAAGGAGAAGAAAUCGGGGCAGCAGUGACAAUGGCCUCCAGCCUCAAUCUGCUCCGGAGCUCAGAGCUGCGCCAGGGCCAGCUGGCCAGCGCCCACCUGUCCUGCAGUCCUCAGGGCAGGGCUGGGGGGCUCCUGGGGCAGGGCUGGCACCUUAGGACAGGUCUGGGGAUAUUUCCACGGGCCGCCCGAGUAGCAGCGGCUUUAAGUAGCAGUGCCCAGGCCGGCGACCGAGAGGAGCCACCGCUGCCCAGCCCCCCUCACUGCCCGCCCGCCCGCCGAGAUGUACAUAGCCAUGCCCACACAUUUCCUUACAACUUGAUCAAAUUUCUUGAAGAACAAAAAUGUACAUUUCUUUUUCCUUUUAAUAAACAGGUGUCCUCUUUCUUACGGUUGGUAUGACGGACCAUUCUUUGGGGCAGAGGAUUGAUUAUGUUAUUUGCUUUAAAAUCUGUUCCCAUAUUGAACAGGCAGAUUGGAAAAGCCGUGGCUCGAUUUCUCAGAAGAAAUGUUUAGGGCUUAGUCAAUAGUUUUAACUCUGCCAUUUGUUUAAAUGAGCGCAAUGCUCUGAGGAUAGUCUCUCACUAAGGUCAGGAAGGGGACCUAGGGGUGUGUGUCCGAGGCGGCGCCAUUUCCCCUCAGCAGCCUCUCGCCCAGCUCGGCCCAGCACCUCCGACCUCAGGGGGAGCCAGGGGAGGGGGAGCUGGUCUGCAGGCUAUGCUCGGCUCCCGCCAGGAGUGGUCUCCAUCCUUAAGUAGCAAGUGUCCAUUUCAACUAGCGAUAGGCCUGCCUGUGGGUUUUCCUGGCGCUUCUCUGCCUGGGAGGCCUCGGUCCCUUCCUCCCUGUCCUCACCGAGCCAGGCUGGGAGCUGCUGCUCUCCACCACAUCGGGGAGCAGUGAGCAGACGUGGGGCCCAGGGAAGCCUGCUCCAGGGCAGGAGGCACGGCCACCUGGCCACACCGAUGCCUCUGCGGUCUUCACCACCUCCAGGUCCUCCCAGGCGACGUCCUCCCGCACCGACCCCAGGCUCAGGGACCAGGUGUUGCAUUGAGGACCUGCCUUUCAAACACUUUUUUAAAUUGUCCAGCAAGAGAUGUGACCAAAACAGCAUCUCAAAGUCAAGUGUAUUUCUUUGCACAGGGGUCAUUUUAAUGAAUUCCUCUUUCCUUCUGAGCUUUGUUCAGCCAACAGAAGCAGCCUUUUCUAAUGUCUUCCACCCCCCAGAAACAAAAACAAAUACUAUUUGUAGCUUGCUAUCUGUAUUUGAAUUUUCAGCAAUUUUAUAUUUAGAUAUCUUUGGAAAAUGUAAAUGACUAAUUUGGUCAUUAAAUCCUGUGACAUAUUCAAUAUUAAAAUAAAAGUCGUA